AUGGGUAGAGGAGAAGAGAGUGAUAUUCGUAUAUUUCUCAAUUCACUCGACAUAACGAAAGAGUCCUGGAAAGAUGAAGCCGAACGGUGGAUUUCCGACAGGCUUCAUUCGUCAAGAUCUCGGAGGCAGAUACCCCGUUUUUCGAUUGGCGACGAAGACUGUGAUCUGUCCGACAGCGAACAUCCACUAACUAAUGACGCUUGCACACAAACACUUGCUGAAGAGAAUCCGCAGCAAGAAAACGAAUUGCCACAAAAAUCGCUCGACGAAAUUUCUCGGGACUGGAACGAAGGCCGGACCCUUUCUGCACCUGAUGCUCUUCGACUGGUUAAACGCGGCAUUGUCAAAUGCCGCGAGUUGGAAUCGCGUCUCGAUGCUGAAACUGCCAUCUUCGUGAGGCGUUCUUUCGUGGCCCCUGAAAUUCUGAAGGAGUUACCAUUUAGAAACUUAUGA